AAAUAAAUCAAAUUCCCGCCAAAAUUCCAUUCUGGAACCUACUUAUAUUUAAUAUUUGUUCUUUCCUUUUCUUCUCCCCUCUCAAACCCUUCAAUUCUUUCCAAUUUUUGAACUUCUCCAUAAAGCCGAAAUACUCGCAAGUUCUCAAGGUUUAGCGAUGAAGGGAGCCGAAUCGAAAGCCAAGCCAGACAACAAGCUCGCUGUGCGGAAAAGUGAAGCCGCGGAGAAGAAGAAAGCGAAGAAGGCCUCCAAGGAUCCAAACAAGCCGAAGAGACCUCAAACCGCCUUCUUCAUUUUCAUGGAGGAGUUUAGGAAGAGGUUCAAUGCCAAUAAUCCAAACAACAAAUCCCUUGCAGCCGUUGGCAAAGCCGGAGGAUUAGAGUGGAAGGAAAUGUCUGAUAUUGAAAAAGCUUCAUACAAAGCUGAAUCAGAUAAAAGGAAGAGUGCAUAUGAGAAGGCCAUGGAAGCCUACAACCGCAAACAAGCGGAUGCAGCUCCUGGCCAGGAAGAAGAAGAAUCAGACAAGUCAAGGUCCGAAGUAAACGACCCCGAAGAUGACCACAGCAGAAUUUCAAAGGAUUGGAGUGAUAAGGAGAAUGACGAUUUUUAAAUAGCUUCGCUUAAGUACCUAUAUUCUCUAAAGGAAAAUGGGUAGUGUAAAUUUCUAGACCCUUUUUAGACUUGUUUGGGAAUAGCGUUACAGAUUACCGUUUGCGUUUUGAAAAAAAGUUAUCUACGGAUAGCGUUUAGCGUUAGCGUUUUCAAAAUAGUCUGCACUGUUGAAAUUUUAUCUAAAACGCUAAUGCUAAUCUCUAUCGCUAUUUUCAAAUUGUUCCUUUAUGCUUUCAUUUUGCUUUUGCCGUAGUGUUACUAUAUGACGGUAUGAUCUCUAGUGAAAUUUCGUAUGCCGUACACCAAGUAUUAGAAGUCCAAGUGAUGGGGAUUAUAGUCAACU